GCGGCUGGGCGGGUUCCCGGCGGUCCUUCCCGCCCUCUUUAUUCAGAUGACGGGCGCACAACCGUCCGUCGCCGUCUCCGUUUCACGGUCAGCUCUCGUAUCCGUGCGCUGGCGCGGAAGCAUCGCAGAGGGGGCGUCCGUUCUCACACCGACGGCAAGAUGAUCAGAACGUGAGCCGCGAGGGGCAACGUAAACAAAAGGCCACUCGGAAAGGAGGAGAGUGAAGCACCGACACGAGCUGAUGAGAUGAAGAGGCUCCACAGCAGGUAUCUGAUCAUCAUUGUCGCUUACUCGGUGUUGCUGCUAACCGUUCCUUACUUGCUGGACUGCAGCAACUCCAGCCGGUCUUCCCGGGAACAUUACUUGCUCCGGGUUUUCCCAAAGGAGGCGGAAGACCCUCGCUCGACGCAAGGCGGCGACGCCAACAGUUCGAUUCCAGGGACGGUGGUCAACAAGAAGCAGCACGUGUACUUGCACGCCACUUGGAGAACGGGGUCCUCGUUCGCGGGAGAGCUCUUCAACCAGCACCCAAGGGUGUUCUAUCUAUACGAGCCCAUGUGGUUGAUGUGGCAGGCUCUGUACCCGGGCGACGCCGAGAGCUUGCAGGGGGCGGUCAGGGACAUGCUACGCUCCCUCUUCCAGUGCGACUUCUCCGUGCUGAAACUCUACUCGUCGCCCGGCCCCUCGGGCUCGUUGACCACCCGCACCAUCUUCGGUUGGAGGAACAACAAAGUCAUCUGCUCGGCGCCUUUGUGCAGCGCCUACAAGAAGGAGCGCGUAGAGCUGGUGGACGCCAGUGUCUGCGAGAAACAGUGCGCGCCCCGGGACAUCAAGGAGUUGGAGACCGAGUGCAGAAAGUAUGACGUGAUGGUGAUUAAGGAUGUAAGAGUCUUGGAUGCGGGGAUUCUGCUCCCCCUGAUGCAGGACCCUUCCCUGAACUUCAAGGUAGUUCAGCUGGUCAGGGAUCCCAGGGCAGUGCACAACUCCCGGAUGAAAUCGAAGCUCUCCCUCGUGAAGGAGAGCAUCCAAGUACUCAGGAGCAGGAAGAAACACGGGAAAGAUCAACGUGCGAUCCCCAGUAGGUCGCAGCGGGCGGACACCUACGUGUCCAACGCUCUGGAGGUGAUUUGUGAGGCUUGGAGCCGAGACCAGGCGCUGGUCAGAAGCUCCCCAGCCUGGAUCACUCGGAGGUAUCUCACCAUUCGCUACGAGGACCUGGUGCUGGAACCAGUGGAUGGGUUGAGGACACUCUACACCUUCGCCAAUCUCACGGUCACUCCCUCUACCGAGGAAUACGUGUUGAACAUGACACGGGGGAUAGGCUACUCUUCGGACAAGCCCUUCCUCAUCUCUUCCAGGGACGCCAAGGAAGCCAUCAGUGCAUGGAAGAAAAGGCUGAGCUUGGUGCAGAUCGAGCAGGUGGAGCAGAAGUGCCAGAAGGCUAUGAAAUUGCUGGGCUACCAAUUAAAGAACGAGCACUACACGUAGACCUACCUCCCAGUUAGUGUUCCGAAGUCAGAUUAAGAUUCACCUAAGCAAAUUUGGGACAGCAUUCAGUUCCAAGCACACAGAAAUAGAUAAACCCACUCUCGUAACUGGCACCAUUCACUUGCUCUCUCUUCUUUUCCACCUUCCUGGAAUUACGCACCGUGUUGCAUUUUCAAAAACUGAUGAAAAUGUUGCAGCAGAACAUUUGAAUUCUGAAAUACUAAUUGAUUUGACACCAGAGAAGAGAUUUUUAUUUUGUUAAAUGUAACAGGGCACACAGUUAAAGGGAGUAUGGUUACACUCAGAGUUAGUUGGUGAGUAGAAAAGUAAAUUGGUUUCUUGAAAAGAAGGAUGAGAUGCAUGUUGUUCCACAAGACUGCAUUGGGGUUCAUCUCAUUUUAAUUUUCACGUUCACCAAGUUAUUUGGAUUUGCAAAUUAGAAGGUUUAACUUGGAGAGAGUAUUGUUACAAGUUUGUGAAAAAUUCAAGAAGACAUGCUUUCGUAUGAAUAAUAACAGGUGAAGUUUGCAGUUUGCAAAAAUGUUUUUUGAAUGAAAAACUAGCGAAGAGAGAUUCAUUCUAAAUUGUAAGAUUUUAUGUGGAAUAGAAGUUGAUAAAAGUAGCACUACAAGCAGAUAUAAUAAUAUUAAGAGAUAAAUUAUAAUUGGCUUCCAAUCUAGAAGCAUAGAAUACGAAUACAAGGGUGUAAGAUUGAACCUACACACAACCAAAAGUUCAAAGUAAAUUUAUUAUCAAAGUAUGUAUAUCAUAUACAGCCUUGAGAUUCACCUUCUUGUGAGCAGCCACAAAACAGAAAUGAAAUAGAAUCCACGGAAACCCCAGAAAACCAAGAAUUGAAAAACGUCCAAUGUGCAAAAAAAAAAUCGUGCUAACAUUUAAAAAAGUAAAGAAGUAAUGCACAGAACAUGAGCCACAAAGUCCGCUGAAAGUGAGUCCACAGCCACCAUAAUUAAGCUGAGGCUGGAAGACUGUUUGCACUUUUGUGUGUUCAAUUAUAAUCAACAUUUCUGGGUUGUGUAUAAAGAGAAAACGGAUUAUGAGGUUAAAAUUUACUAGAUCUUUGAAGAGAAAUUUAGGAUUAAAUGGUGCAUUGCAAUUCUCAGAUUACUAGACCACAAACACAUAGUAGAUGACAGUUGUGAACAGGCUUGGAAAGUUAGGCUUUUAACCAGAGCUGAGGAUUAGGGUUGAAGUAAUUAAGAAGCACCAUCAUUAUGUUUCUAAAGUAACUAAUGAGAACCAGAAAUGUGUUUAAGGAAGUAACAAAAGUUGAAUAGGAGGGAUGUUUGAGAAAGUCUCCUCGAAAAGUAAAGGCCGAAUGCGAUCUUUAACAUUUUUCUUAAAAAAAAGGGUUCUUGAAUGAGAACAUACAUUAAAAAAAGGAAAUAAAAGAAAGGGAUUGGACAGAAGAAGUUAGAUGGGAUUGAGAAAGGAUUACAAGGCAGAAAUGGCUAAAACAAAGGGCUGUUGUUUAUUUAUAUACACACAUUCUUUCUCUCUCUCUCUCUCUCUCCUUUUUUGCCCUCUGUCCGUCUGACUAUACCCCUUGCCCAUCCUCUGGGUUCCCCCCCCCCUUUUCCUUCUCCCUGGGCCUCCUGUCCCAUGAUCCUCUCAUAUCCCUUUUGCCAAUCACCUGUCCAGCUCUUGGCUCCAUCCCUCCCCCUCCUGUCUUCUCCUAUCAUUUUGGGUCUCCCCCUCCCCUUCCCACUUUCAAAUCUCUUACUAGCACUUUCUUUGGUUAAUCCUGACAAAGGGUCUCGGCCCGAAACGUCGACGGUACCUCUUCCUAGAGAUGCUGCCUGGCCUGCUGCGUUCACCAGCAACUUUGAUGUGUGUUGCUUGACAUAAUUUUAAGAUGAUUGGAGGAAAGUAUGAGAGAGGUGUCAGAGGUAAGUUUCCACAGAGAGUGUGGGUUUGUGGAACACCUGCCAGGGGAUGUGGUACAGGCAGGUGCAUUAAGAACAUUUAAGGAACAUUUAGAUGGAUGUUAGAGAAGUGGAGGGCUAUGUAGGAUGGAAGGGUUGAUUGAUCUUAGAGUGGGUUCAAAAGUCAGCACAACAUUGUGGGCUGAAUGGCCUGGACUUGGCUGUAAUGUUUUAUGUACUAUGCAGACAAUCACAAUGAAGGCACAAUGAGCUGAAUUUCUCUGCUGGGAUAUUCCAUCUACUCAAGUGGUGGUUGGGAUCAGCUGACUCAGAACGAACUGGGAAUAGAAUCUGACGUACAGUUCUACAGGUGCCCACAUUCUUUGAACACUUCACUCCAGAUGGCCCCUGAUUCUCAAUGGAACAGUAUAAAAAAAUCUGUGGAGCUUGUUGCUACAAAGAACUGUGGAGGUAAAGUUAUUGGGUGUAAUUAAAGCAGAGAGAGAUGGGUUCUCGCCUGCUUAUCUCUUCCCCCUCGUGCCCCUCCUCAUUCCCUUUCUCCUGCAGUCCACUCUCAUCUCCUACCAGAUUCCUUCUUCUCUAGCCCUUUACCUUUCUUACCCACCUGGCUUCGCCUUUCACCUUCAGGCCAUCCUCCUUCUCCUCCCUCCACCUUUUUAUUCUGGAGUUACCAUCAUUCACAUAUGUCAUGAAAUUUGAUUUUUUUUUUGGCAGCAUUAUAGUACAAUACAUAAAAUUACUACUGUGAAAAAGUCUUAGGCACCUACAUGUAGCUAGGGUGCCUACCACUUUUGCACAGUACUAUCGACCAUUCAGCCCAUCUAGUUUGCUCUGCCAUUUAUUAUUCCUCUCACCCUGAACCGCCCUUCAUCGGUCGACCAGGCUGCUCUGAACCAAAUCCCCCAACAGCCUAUUCAUGAGGAACUAGAUGAUCCUCCCUCGAUAGAUGAAGUCAAGAAGGCUAUCACACAGGUGAGCAGUGGCAAGGCACCAGGCAAGGAUGGAAUACCUGCUGAACUGUACAAGGCACUCAGCAAGGAAUCACUUGAGGCUUUCCACAGCACCCUGACUAGCAUUUGGGAAGAAAAAGCGAUGCCCCCUGACCUCAGAGAUGCAACAAUAAUCACCCUCUACAAAAAUAAAGGUUCAAGGACCGACUGUGGGAACUACAGAGGCAUCUCACUACUUUCCAUUGCCGGAAAAUCCUCACCUGCAUCACCCUCAACAGACUGAUUCCAACAGUGUCAGAAGAGAACCUUCCCAAGUUGCAAUGCGACUUUCGUCCCAAAUGCAGCACUGUCGACAUGAUCUUCACAGUGAGACAGAUACAGGAGAAGUGCCUGGAACAGAACAUGAUUAUACUCUGUCUUCAUUGAUCUGACGAAGGCGUUUGACACGGUCAACAGAAACACGCUGUGGAUCAUCCUUAGAAAGCUUGGCUGCCCACAGAAAUUCACUGCACUCAUCCACCUGCUCCACGAUGGCAUGACAGGAGAAGUGUUCUCAGAUGGUUCCCCAUCUGAGACUUUCAACAUCUCAAAUGGCGUGAAGCAAGGGUGCGUUUUAGCACCAGUGCUCUUCAAUCUCUUUUUCACCCAAGUGCUGAAGCAUGCUGUUAAGGACCUAGACCUGGGUAUUUACAUAAGAUAUCGCCUAGACGGAGCUGAUGUUUGACCUGAGACACCUUGCUGCAAAGACCAAAACGUUGAGGAAGCUCAUCACUGAAGCCCUGUUUGCUGAUGACUGUGCCCUCAUGGCCCACCAGGAGUACCACAGGCAGACGAUUGUGGACAAGUUCUCCGCAGCCUCAAAGCUGUUUGGCUUGACAAUCAGCCUCAGUAAGACGGAAGUUCUCCUACAACCUGCACCAAACAGUCACCCUCCUCAGCCAUGCAUCACCAUCGACGAUACUGUCCUGAAGAAUGUGGAGAGCUUCAAGUAUCUAGGAAGCACCAUCUCCAUUGACGGAUCCCUUGACAAAGAGAUCAUAGCAAGGAUCCAGAAAACCAGCCAGGCACUUGGGAAACUCUGUGUCAAAGUUCUGGAGCACAAGGACAUUCAGCUUUCAACCAAGCUCAAGGUGUACAAGGCUGUGGUCCUCGCCUCUCUCCUGUACGGCUGCGAAACCUGGACCCUGUACCGCAGGCAGAUCAAACAGCUGGAGCAGUUUCACAUGCGAUCUCUGCGGUCGAUCUUGAGGAUUCAAUGGCAGGACUGAAUCACCAACCAGCAAGUCCUUGACAGAGUCAACAGCACAAGCAUUGAGGCAAGGAACCUCCAGGCCCAGCUACACUGGACUGGCCAUGUAAUCCACAUGGGUGAAACAAGAAUUCCCAGGCAGCUGCUCUACUGUGAGCUUGAGCAUGGCAGUUGCUAUCAGGGCCGCCCCAAAAAAAGAUUCAAAGACAAUCUGAAAUCGUACAGCAAAUGGGCAGACCUCCAGCCUCGACAACUUGAGGUGUCUGCAGCCAAUAGGGCUGCGUGGCGCGCCCUGAUUAGAAACGCUGCAUGUGACUGAGGAUGACUGAAAUCAGCGCCUUGCAGCAGCACGAGACCAAUGCCACAAAGCUGUGUAUGCACCUGUUCUAACAACCGCCAUUCCACGUCCAACCUGCAACCGCAUGUGUGCUUCGGCCUUCGGCCUCCGAAGUCACAUGCGUAUCCACAGAUGAGUGCACAAUGUUUAGUCUUCCUCAGACCCCGAGAGACAGCCAUCAACAACCUCAUUCUCCCUCCUUCUCCCCUUAACCUUUGAUGCCCUUACUAAACAUGAACCUAUCAAUCUCCGCUUUAAGUAUACCCAGUAAUAUCAGUGAUGAUAAUCCUGAUUUUGAUACACAACGUAGGUUAUAGGAAACUUGCUCGUAGCAGAGGGCGUUGUUUUAAGAGACUGAGAAGGAUGGUUGGAAUCUGCAACGUGCUUGCUGGAUGGCCGGUGGAGGCAAGAGAUUCACAACAUUUGAUAAGUAACAACAUCAGGAUCAAACUGGAAGGCUGGAAAAUAUGAUUAGUGUACAGAGGUACGACAGGGUGGGCCAAAGGGCCUAUUUCUGUGUUAUGCCUUCUUCACUCUUUGAAGGAACCUCACAAACCAGACUGACUAAGUUACUGCACUUGCAUUUAGUGGGUUGAACAGCUGAUCGGAGAAUGAGUUCACAUCCCAUCAUAGUGACAGGAAUUUAAAUUAAGUAAUUAGAUAUCCCUGGAAUUGAAAGAAGUUCAUAGUAGAAAAAACAAAGCAACAAGACUGUGGUAAAGUUCAUUUGUUUUUGCCCGUUAUCCCUAUACAUGUAACUCCAUACCAAUCUAUAUACCUGACUCAACCACUGCCUCAUUUUAGGGAAUUAGUCCAUAGCACCACAACGCAUGGGAACAGAACAAGGCCACUCAGCUCACCGAACCCACCACACCACUCCACCAGGGUCGAUCCACCACCCUUCUCAACCCCACUCUCCCGUCCCUGCCCACGACCCUCGACAUCCUUACCCAACAAAAGCCUAACAACUUCUGCUUUAAAUAUGCCCGGUGACUUGGCCGCCUCAGCUGUCUGUGGCAAUGAACUCCACAGCUUCACCAUCCUGUGGCUAACAAAAUUCCUCCUCAUUUCUGAUAUAAAUUCUUCAAUUCUGAGGCUAUGCCCUCAAGUCCUGGACACUCCCACUAUAGGCACCAUCCUCUCCACGUCCACUCUAGGCUUUCAAUAUUUGAAAGCACCCCCCCCCCCCCAGUUCUUCUAAACUCCAGCAAGUACAGGCCCAGGGCCAUCAUUUGCCCAUCAUUGGUUAAUGCUUUCAUUCUUGGGAUCAUUCCGUUCAUUCCGGUGAACCUUGCCUGGACCCUCUCCAAUGCCAGCACAUCAUUUUUUAAGUGGCCCAAAACUGCUCAUAAUACUCCAUUCGUCUGACAAAUGCCUUGUAAAGCCUCAGUAUUACAUCCUAGCUUCUUAUUCUAGUCCUCUUGAAAUGAAUGCUAGCAUUGCAUUUGCCUUUCGUUCCAUUGACUGAAACUUUAGGGAAUCCUGCAUGGGGACUCCCAAGUACCUUUGCACCUCUGAUUUUUGAAUUUUCUUCCUGUUUAGAAAGUAAUCCAUGUCUUUAUUCCUUCUGCCAGAGUGCAUGACCAUGCACUUUCGUAUACUGAAUUCCAUCUGCCACUUCUUUGUCCAAAUAAACAACAUCCACUGAUUCUUCUUUGUCUAUCCUGCCUUUUAUUUCCUUAACGAAUUCCAGCAGGUUUGUCAGGCAAUAUUUCCACUUAAGGAAACCAUGCUGGCUUUGGCCUAUUUUAUCAUGUGUCUCCAAGUACCCCUCACCCUUAUUAAAGGACUCCCAACAUCUUCCCAACCACUGAAGUCAGGUUAACUGGCCUAUAAUUUCCUGACUUUUGCCUUCCUCCUUUCUUAAAGAGUGCAGUGACAUUUGCAUUUUUUCCAGUCCUCCAAAACCAUUCCAGAAGCAAGUGAUUUUUGAACGAUCACUACUAAUGCCUCCACAAUCUUUUCAACUACUUCUUUCAGAACCCUGGGGUGCCAUACAUUGAGUCCAUGCGACCUAUUUACCUUCUGACCAUUCAACUUCCCAAGCACCUUCUCCCUAGCAAUAGGAACAACACUCAGUUCUGCCCCCUGACACUCUCUAAUUUCUGGCAUUCUAGUGUCUUCCAUAGUGAAGACUCAUGCAAAAUACUUAUUAAGUUCAUCGGCCAUUUCUUUGCCCCCAUUUCUAACUCUCCAGCAUAAUUUUCCAACAUUCUGAUUAUACACUCUCGCCUGUCUUUUACUCAUUAUAUAUUUGAAAUAGCUUUUGGUAUCUGUUUUAUAUUAUUGGCUGAUUUCAUAUUCCAUCUUUUCUCUCCUUAUUUCUUUUUCAGUUGCCUUCUGUUGAUUUUUUAAAUCCUCGAGCAUCCCACUAAUUUUUUUCUAUGUCAUAUACCCUCUUUUCCUUUUAUGCUGUCUUUGGCUUCCUGUCAGCCACGGUUGCCUCAUCCCUCCCUUUACUUAUUCUUUGGGAUGGAUCAACCCUGCACCUUCUUAGUUGCUCCCAGAAACUCCAGCCAUUGCUAUUCUGCUUUCACCCCUGUCUCCUUACAAACAACUUUGGCCAGUUCCUCUCUGAUAUCUGUCUAAUUCCCUUUACUCCACUUUAAUUACUGAUACAUCUGAUUUCAGAUUCUCCCUCAGACUGCAGGAUGAUUUUUAUCAUAUGGUCAUUGUCUUCUGAGGGUUCCUUCACCUUAAGCUCCCUAAUCAAGACUGAUUCAUUACAGAAUACCCAGUCCACAAUUGCCUUUGCACUGGUGGCUUGAUCCACAAGGUGCUCUAACAAGGCAUCUCAUAGGCAUUCUACAAAUUCCUUCUUGGGAUCCAGCACCAACUUGAUUUUUCCAAUCUACCUGCAGAUUGAAAUACUCAUGAAUAUCAAAACAUUGCUUUUUUUACAUGCCUUUUCUAUACUCCCACUGUAAUUUGUACCUCAUGUACAAUUACUACUGUUCAGAGGCCUGUAUACAACUCACAUCAGGAUUUUUUUUACCCUUACAGUUUAUUAACUCUAUCCACAAGGAUUCUACAUCUUCUGAUCCUAUGUCACCUCUUUUUAAGAAUUUAAUUUCAUUUUUUACCAACAGAGCCACCUCACUCCCUCUGCCUACCUACCUGUCCUUUCAAUACAAUGUGUAUCCUUGGAUGCUAAGCUUCCAGCUAUGAUUUUCUUUCUGCCAUGAUUCAGUGAUGCCCACAACGUCCUACGUGUCAAUCUGUAACUGCUACAAGUUCAUCUACCUUAUUCUGUAUACUGUGUGCAUUCAAAUAUAACACCUUCAGUCCUGUACUCGUCACCCUUUUCAAUUUUGCCCCAGUGUUACACUUCAACUCAUCCCACCGACUACAAUUUUGCCCGAUCAUCUGCCUGUCCUUCCUGACAGUUUCACUAUGCACUAUAUGUACUUGUAUACCAUCGGCCCCAUCCUUAGCCCUCUGGUUCCCAUCCCACUGACAAAUUAGUUUAAACCCUCCCCAUCAGCCCUAGCAAACCUGCCGGCAAGGAUAUUGGUUCCCCUCGAGUUCAGGUGUAACCCAUUCUUUUUGUGCAGGUCAGACAGAAGAGAUCCCAGUGAUGCAAAAAUAUGAAACUCUGCCACCUGCACCAAUUCUUAAGCCACACACUCAUCUGCCAAAUCAUCCUAUUCUUACCAGUCCAGAGAUUAUUACCCUGGAAGUCCUGUUUUUACAGCUUUUUAUCUAAUUCCCUAUAUUCUCUCUUCAAGAUCUCCCCCUUUUUCCUACCUAUGUCAUAGGUACCAUCCUCCCCCUUUAGAAUGCUGUGGACCCAAUCCAAGACAUCCCUGACUAGCACCUGAGAGGUAACGUUCAAUCUAACUGUCUCUUUCAUGUCCAUAGAAUCUCCUGUCUGCUCCUCUAACAAUGGAAUCCCCUAUUACUACUG